AUGAGGAAGACAAAACGGGAGGACAACACAGGAGGGCUUUCGGGGAGACAUCAGGAGGACUACACAGGGAGACAACACAGGGAGGACCACGGGGAAAGACCACAGGGAGGGAACACAGAGAAACCACACGGAGACAACACGUGGAGGACCACAGGGAGGAAAACACAGGGAGGGAAUACACAGGGGACAACACAGGAACAAAAACAGGAGGAAAACACAGGGAGGAAAACACAGGGAGGAAAACACAGGGACAACACAGGGAGACAAAACACAGGAGGAAAACACAGGAGAAUACACAGGGACAACACAGGGAACAAAACACAGGGGAGGAAAACACAGGGAGGACUACACAGGGACAACACAGAGACAAAACACAGGAGAGGAAAACACAGGGGAGGAAUACACAGGGACAACAUAGGGAGGAAAACACAGGAGGAGAAAACACAGGGAGGACUACACAGGGACAACACAGGGAGGAAAACACAGGGAGAGGGAAAACACAGGGAGGACUACAGGGACAACACAGGGAACAAAACACAGGGAGGAAUAGGGACAACACAGGGAGAGAAAACACAGGGAGGAAUACACAGGGGACAACACAGGGAACAAAAAACACAGGGAGGAAAACACAGGGAGGAAUACACAGGGACAACACAGGAACAAAACACAGGGAGGAGGAAAACACAGGGGAGAAUGCUGGGGACAACUCAGGGAGGAAUACAGGGAGAGGGAAAACACAGGGAGGGACUACACAGGGACAACUCAGGGGAGGAAAACACAGGAGGAAAACACAGGGAGGACUACACAGGGACAACUCAGGGAACAAAACACAGGAGGAAACACAGGGACAACAGGGAGAGAAAACACAGGAGGAAUACACAGGGACAACACAGGGAACAAAACACAGGGAGAGAAAACACAGGGAGGAAUACACAGGGACAACACAGGGAACAAAACACAGGGGAGGAAAACACAGGGAGGAAUACACAGGGACAACACAGGGAACAAAACACAGGGGAGGAAAACACAGGGAGGAAUACACAGGGACAACACAGGGAGGAACAAAACACAGGGAGGAAAACACAGGAGGGAAUGCACAGGGACAACUCAGGGAGGAAUACACACAGGGAGGAAAACACAGGGAGGACUACACACAGGGACAACUCGGGGAGGAAUACACAGGGGAGAAAACACAGGGAGGACUACACAGGGACAACUCAGGGAGACAAAACACAGGGGAGGGAGAAAACACAGGGGAGAGAUACACAAGGACAACACAGGAACAAAACACAGGGAGGGAGAAACACAGGGGAGGAAUACACAGGGACAACUGGGGAGGGACAACACAGGGAGGAAAAAACACAGGGAGGAAUACACAGGGACAACACAGGGAGACAAAACACAGGGAGGAAAACACAGGGAGGAAUACACAGGGACAACACAGGGACAACACAGGGAGAGGAAACACAGGGACAACACAGGGAGGACUACACAGGGAGACAAAACUGGGGAGGACUACACAGGGAGACAAAACACAAGGAGGACUACACAGGGACAACACAGGGAACAAAACACAGGAGGAAAACACAGGGAGGAAUACAGGGAGGACUACACAGGGACAACACAGGGGAAAAAACACAGGGAGGGAAAACACAGGGACAACACAGGGAACAAAACACAGGGAGGAAAACACAGGGAGGAAUACACAGGGGACAACACAGGGAGGGAAAACACAGGGAGGAAUGCACAGGGACAACUCAGGGGAACAAAACACAGGGAGAAAACACAGGGAGGAAUACACAGGGACAACACAGGAGGAAAACACAGGGAGGACAACACAGGGAGGAAUACACAGGGACACACAGGGAGGAAACAGGAGGGAAAACACAGGAGGAAUACAGACAACAAGGAAAUAAAACACAGGAGGAAAACUGGGACAACAUAGGACAACACAGGGAAAAAACACAGGGAGGAAAACACAGGGACAACACAGGGAACAAAACACAGGGAGAAACCACAGGGAGGAAUACACAGGGACAAACACAGGAGGAAAACACAGGGAGAAAUACACAGGGACAACUCAGGGAACAAACACAGGAGGAAAACACAGGAGAACAACAGGGACAACACAGGAGGAAAACACAGGGAGGACAAACACAGGAGGAAUAUACAGGGACAACACAGGGAACAAAACACAGGGAGGAAAACAGGACAACAGUAGGACAAACACAGGAACAAAACACAGGAGGAAACACAGACAACACAGGGACAACACAGGAACAAAACACAGGAGGAAACACAGGAGCAGCACAGGAGGACACAGGAUAA